GUUGCAUGCUGAUCUGCGUCUCCGAGUCCGUCUUGUGUCACAGUCGAAGAGCACAGGCGAAGCUGAGCGGAACAGGAUGCAGGCUAUCAAGUGUGUGGUCGUGGGAGAUGGAGCUGUGGGAAAAACAUGUCUCCUCAUCAGCUACACUACCAACGCGUUCCCCGGGGAAUACAUUCCUACUGUGUUUGACAACUACUCGGCCAACGUGAUGGUGGACAGCAAGCCGGUCAACCUGGGCCUCUGGGAUACAGCUGGACAGGAAGACUACGACAGGCUCCGCCCACUGUCCUACCCACAGACGGAUGUUUUCCUGAUCUGUUUCUCCCUGGUGAGCCCAGCGUCCUACGAGAACGUCAGAGCCAAGUGGUACCCGGAGGUUCGCCACCACUGCCCCUCCACCCCCAUCAUCCUGGUGGGCACCAAGCUGGAUCUGAGGGACGAGAAGGAAACCAUUGAGAAGCUGAAGGAAAAGAAGCUGGCACCAAUCACCUACCCUCAGGGCCUGGCUCUGGCCAAGGAGAUAGAUUCAGUGAAGUACCUGGAGUGCUCGGCUUUGACCCAGCGCGGCCUGAAGACUGUGUUUGACGAGGCCAUCCGGGCCGUGCUCUGUCCUCAGCCCACCAAGGUCAAGAAGAAGCCCUGCUCACUGCUGUAAACGGAAGAGGAGACAGACAUAUAACGCAGUGAGCUAGAAAAUACAGCACUGAUUUGACAGACAAUGAUCCAAGGCUCCACGGGAGAUACAUUGGCAAUUGAAACACACACAGCCCAAAGGAGGAAGAAGAAGCAAAUUUGGAGCUCUCUCGCCUCUAAAAAAUAAAGAAUUACCAUAAUCAUUGUGGAACUGAUUGCAUCCCGCUGAUAUUUCAAUAUGUACAGAGAGAAUUUAAAGACGAGUGUCAGAGCAAUUCUUUUUUACAAAAUUGCAUGUGGAAUAAUGAGUCCCUUCUUUGCUGAGAUAAAGACUUGUUUUUGUUUUUAAUAUAGAGGCAAGAAUACAUUUUCUCUGCCAUGUCAACCUGUGUGCGUGCUCUCUGUCUCCUACAAAAUUACAUUCCCAUACAACUACAUUGCAUCCUCAAUCACGUUUCAAGGAAAACGUAAAUUCUCAGAUUAUGGUCGUAAUUUUAUGGAAAAUAGUUAAAGUUUUUAACUGAAACAAAACUAAACAAAAAUUCAACAAAAGUACGUGGUUAAGUUUAGUGGAACAUCAUGGAUUAGCUUAAAAUAAAUAUAUUUGUUACCUCUGAGUUAUGGAUGUGAAUUGAAAUAAUUUACGUUUGGUCUCACACGACAAGUGAAGGUCCUGUGUUUGUUUGACCCAGCCAAUCCAGCCUCACCAACUUCUUUUGUACUUCUGAGGGACUUUGAUUGGAAACGUAUUUGUGAACAAAAACCAACCUAAAUCUGGGAGAUAAUGUGUUUUUCUCAAAAUAUAAUUGGAAAAGCAGAUAUGUUGGAUUGUAAUUUUUAGGUAGAACAGUCUGCUGUGUAAAGGAUGUUACAGAUUUUUAUGAACUGCAUU